GGCUCCAGCACAGCAAGUGCUGAUGACGCUGCCGUUCUGGUGUGCAACAUCUAUUCACGCUGACAUGGAGCAGGCGCAGCGGAGCCUGGAUGCAGAGCAGAUGCAGCAGCAGCAGCUGAAACUACGGGACCGGCAGAAGUUCUUUGAAGAGGUUUUCCAGCAUGACGUGGAUUUCUUCUUUCCUAUGUCUCACCUGCAGAUAGAGCAUCGAAGACCCCCCUUAGGCAGCAUUUCCUCCAUGGAGGUGAACGUGGACAUGCUGGAGCAGAUGGACAUGAUGGAUCUGUCAGACCAGGACACCGUGGAUGUGUUUCUGGGCUGUGGGACAGAGGAGAGCAGUGUUGCUGGGCCCCUGCCAGGGGCAGAUGCUAGCCAGUGCCCAGAGGAAAUCACCCUGCAAGUGCCCAAUGCAGCUGAGAGCAAGUCACGCAUUUCCUCCACGUCCUCUGUCUCCACGGAUCUGAACAGCCUGGACACCAGCGAGGAGGGGGCUGAGACCCCCGUGGUGCAGUCGGAUGAGGAGGACCUGCAGGAGGACAGUCCUAAAGAGCAGGAGGCAAGAAGCUAGCAGCCAGCUCUGCCCUGCUCCCAGCCUCCUCCGUACGGACCUGCCAGCACAGAGGAAGGAAAGCUGCUGGCGCUCAGCAAACCCCAUCCUGGACUGCUGCCCUGCAGGAGGGGAGAGAUGGUUUUCCCCUCCUCUCCCUCCGCAGGUUCUUCUGGCAGCCAAGGGAGAAGGAAGGGGGUAUUGUAGGCUCCCAAAAUUAACUCUUCAGGCUUUGCUGCUAACACUCCCUGCUUCACUCCCCUGAAAUGCUCAGCAUCCCACAGCCCCGCCAUUCCCAGAAAGCCAUCCCUUGGGAUCCCAGCUCCCCCCACCCUACUGACAAAGGUCUUGUCCCGACACGCAUUUAACGAUGGCGUACAGAGAAAUAACACUCCGAUCUAAA